AUGCUCACGACGGCUGGGCGGCGGCUGUCGCGCGUCUCCGCGUCGCCACGGCCUCGUAUGCGUAACUACACACUCGGUAAUAUGCCACCACCACCUGCUGUAAAUAUACGGACCCAUGAUCAGAUUUCUCCACAGGAACGCAAAUUUCUCGAAGCAGCCGAAAGAGGUGACAAGCCAACACUGCAAGAAUGCCUUCUUACGAAAGAAGGCGAGACGCCAUUAAAUGUUAAUUGCCUGGACUCGAUGGGAAGGUCGGCAUUAGAGAUAGCUGUUGACAACGAAAACAUCGAGAAAGAAGGCGAGACGCCAUUAAAUGUUAAUUGCCUGGACUCGAUGGGUAGGUCGGCAUUAGAAAUCGCUGUUGACAACGAAAACAUCGAGGUUGUCGACCUACUCCUGAAGCAUCCAGACAUCCGGAUUGGGAAUGCCUUAUUGUGUGCGAUACGAGAAGGUGUCUAUCGAUUGGUCGAAAUGCAAGUGAAUCAUCCGUCAAUUACGCGUGAAAUGCUCGGCGAUGGUUGGGCCGAACAUCUCGAUCCUUCAGAGGUUGCUUCAGCCGAAUAUUCAAGUGAUAUUUCACCGAUUAUCCUGGCAGCUCAGCUCAAUCAGUUCGAGAUUCUUCAAAUGCUCCUCAGGAAAGAUGCACGAAUUGAAAGGCCACAUCGGUACUCGUGUAUUUGUGAGACUUGUGAUCGCGAACGGCUGAAUGACUCGCUACAGUACUCAUUGAAACGGAUUAAUACUUAUCGAGCACUUGCCAGUCCUGCUUGGAUGAGUCUCACCAGUCCCGAUCCUAUUUUAUCUGCUUUCAAACUCAGCUGGGAGCUACAACAUCUGUCAGCAGUGGAACAUGAGUUCAAGGAGACUUAUCUCCAGCUUGCUGAACAGUGCAAGCAGUUCGCAUGUGAUCUUAUCAGUCAAUGCCGAAGUAGUGAGGAGGUCAUAGCAGUUCUGAAUAAGGACUGCAACACCCACGACGAGAAUGUGGAUGUGUGGGCGUCAAAGCUGAGCUUAUCCCGACUGAAGCUGGCCAUCAAAUACGAACAGAAAGCUUUUGUCUCCCAUCCACAUUGCCAACAAUUGCUCACUUCAAUCUGGUAUGAAGGUUUUCCGGGACGACAACAACGUGGUUCAUCAUGGAAUAUUAUCGUCUGUAUAGCUCUAAUCAUUCUAUGGCCUGUUUUGGCUAUCUGCUAUAUUCUGAUGCCGAAAAGUCGCAUUGGACGAAUCGUCAGAUCGCCAUUCAUGAAAUUUCUUUACUACUCGAUAUCAUUUGGUUGUUUUCUGCUUCUUCUCACUCUGGCUACGUUUGAAAGCUAUCGAAGUGAAAAAGGCGAACGAAAGGGUGGUGGGACAACGAGAGCUUCAGAUCGUGGCCCACCUCCUACGUUCAUUGAAUCAUUAGUGGUGGCAUGGGUUCUAGGUAUGUUAUGGUCAGAAAUCAAACAACUAUGGGAAGAAGGUUUCACCAAAUACGUACAUCAAUGGUGGAAUUGGUUGGAUUUCAUUAUGAUCUGCCUAUACUUGUGUACGAUUUCUGUGAGGUUGAGUGCCUAUUGGAUCUACAGCUAUCUGGAUUAUCCACAACGUUACUCGAUUCGCACUUACUGGGAAGCUUAUGAACCGAUGUUGGUGGCUGAAGCGCUUUUUGCCGUGGGAAACGUUUUCAGUUUCGCUCGCAUCAUUUAUCUGUUCCAGACCAAUCCGUACCUUGGACCACUACAGAUCUCGCUUGGCUGUAUGCUAGUGGAUGUGGCCAAGUUCUGCUUUAUUUUUGUUCUAAUCAUCAGCAGCUUCAGCAUCGGUUUGGCUCAACUAUACUGGUAUUACGACCCGGACACGCCGGUUUGUAUGACUCCCGACUCCUGUACGCUUGAGUCGAAUGUGUUUUCAUCCAUCGCCGAUUCAUACCUCACACUAUUGUGGUCGUUAUUUUCAAUCACAAAAGUGGAGGAUACAGAUGUGGCUGAGAACCACCAUCUGACGCAAUCAGUCGGUCGGGCAAUGUUCAUCAUGUAUCACUGCACGUCGAUUAUCGUACUGUUGAACAUGCUCAUCGCCAUGAUGAGCCAUUCGUUUCAGAUCAUCAACGAUCAUGCUGAUUUGGAAUGGAAAUUCCAUCGAACAAAGCUGUGGAUGGCACAUUUUGAUGAAGGAUCGAGUCUGUCCCCUCCAUUCAAUAUCAUAAUCACACCAAAGGCCAUUUACUACUUUUUCUUUUCGGCUCUGAACACAUUCCGCUGGCUUCUUGGCAAGUAUACCUAUUCAAAAAGCCGCAAUCGUGCAACGAUUCGGCGGCCCGGGUACUCUAGAAAGCGAGCGCUGUCGGAAAAAAAUCCUGACGACAGUACGGGUAAAAAACCAUUAACAUAUGCGGACAUCAUACAGCGGUUUUACCAUGGAAUCGCAUUUGGAAAAAGGUCAAUAUUACAAUUCGUUAGAUUCAUUCACCAAACAAAGAAAGACAUGAAAAUGGAUGGAGUGAAUGAGGAUGACCUGUUGGAGAUCAAGCAGGAUAUCAGUAGUUUACGGUAA